UGGAUCUAACCCUAAUCUCCAACAGUCAAGAACAUUUCCCCUUUCCUCCCUUUCCCCUGCUCUUUCAUGCUUUCCUCCCUAUCACAAGCCAUAGACACUGCACUAGUUUCUCAUUGAGCAUUUCAAGGGGACACUCUGUUUUACCAGUGGGACUGAAGGAUAUUUCUUCCUCCUGAUAUUAUUAGUUGUACAGGAUCCCAGGCUGUGUACAGUACACUACUCAGGAGACCACAAUGAACAACAACCUAGCAGAGAAGGAAAGCUGUCCUGAUGAUAUCAGCCUUCCAGAGGAGGAGGUCCGGACACUGUUUGUUAGCGGUUUGCCAUUAGACAUAAAGCCAAGAGAGCUGUACUUAUUAUUCAGGCCAUUUAAGGGUUAUGAAGGUUCUUUAAUAAAACUUACAUCAAAGCAGCCUGUUGGGUUUGUAAGUUUCGACAGCAGAUCAGAAGCAGAAGCAGCCAAGAAUGCAUUAAAUGGAAUACGCUUUGAUCCAGAAAUUCCUCAGACGUUACGGUUGGAGUUUGCAAAAGCAAACACUAAAAUGGCCAAAAGCAAACUUGUCGGAACCCCAAAUCCCAGCACACCUCAACUGAACAAUGUACCUCAGUUUAUCUCCAGGGAUCAAUCAGGCAAUGCAUCAUGCAGGAAUGUCCCAUACAAAACAACUCGUCCCACAAGAUUCAAGCCUCAAAGGGAUGAACUCACAGUGCCUGCACUUUACCCGGGUAGCCCUGAAGUGUGGGCGCCAUAUCCCCUCUACCCAGCGGAACUAGCACCUGCUCUACCUCCUCCUGCUUUUACCUAUCCCGCUUCACUGCAUGCCCAGGUCCGUUGGCUCCCUCCUUCAGAUGCUACUUCUCAGGGCUGGAAAUCCCGCCAGUUCUGCUGAGUAAUGUGUACCAGGUGUGUGAUGGUGGCUAUAGUCUGUCUUGCGGGUAUUGAUGUAUUAUUCAUUGUUGGCCACUGGGGUCUCAGGCUAUUCAUCAAAACAACAGUGUGCUGGCUACAACAACUGAAGAUUACCCAUCAGCGUUACAUCAAGAUUCCGUCAAGAUCUGGCCAAGCCUCCAUCACACAUCUGCCUUGUCAAACUGACAUUAAAUGCAAGUGAAUAUCCCCCUUCCCCUUGUACACUGUAAAGAACUGCAAGUGCCUUAUAUGAAAGCUUGGCUUGCCAUUCAUUGCGGUCCAGUUCAUGCUUUCCAACCCUAAGAGAACCAGCCGGGGACAUGUAACUAGAAGUCUCCGUCCCUAGAAAUCUACUGUGUGCAGAGACUCUAGUUUAACUUUUUUCAAUACUUGUAAUUAAACAAAAAAAAAAAUCUAUUUUUUUUAAAUUUAAGUUGCAUGUUUCUGAAUAUUAAGAUACCGUUGUUUAAAGGAAGAAAACUAAAGAACUGUAUUUUUAACAUAUGGACAUUUUGCCUGGGCUAUAUGUGUGAGCUGUACAUAUUUCAUGCACUAGAUCAGCUUCUCCCUAGUAUUAUUUUGCCUCGUACCAAUAUACCAGUAGAGGGAGUAAAUCAGAGUAGAAAGGCAAUUUCUAGUUGUACUUAAUAUUAUAAAGAAAGAAGCAGUUUAUUUAAUAAGAGAAGAUUCUCUAUGAGUCUGUUGUAUGUGAAUUAAGUUGUAUUAGAAACCUGUGGAAAGUGCAGUUAAUAGAUUUCCUUUACUGGUUACCCAAUCCUGGUGCUCCGCCCUGGUUUAGGUAGGCACAUUCCUGGUGAUAACUUCCCUUUUAUUCUCCAUCCUGAAUAUUAUUAGCAGUAAUCAGAAUCAGUAAUCAGACAGUUGUAGUGCAUCGCAGUCACAUGGCUGAAUAUACUGUAUGCACAUUGGUUGAGCAGUUAAAUCCAAUUGAUUCAGGCUUGUGAGUGGCUGAGUGUUGUGUUCUUCAAUACGAUGUGACACAAAGUCCAGAAAAAUAAUCCCAUGGGGGGAGAUUUAUCAAUGUCACUGUGAGGUAGAAAUCAUUUAAAGGGGUAC